UGAAAGUUCAGAGCGCGGAAGUGAAGAAGAAACUUUCGCAUGAAUCUGUGCAAGAGAGCGACACUUUCCGCGUUUGAGUGUGAAUACGGAUUAUAACGAUGACACGGAUGCGCCAGUGUUUCUGAGGAAAUACCGAGUUGCAUUGUUUUGUGAGGCUUUAUUUCAGGUCUGAUUAUGGGGUUGCCGACUCUAGAGUUCAGUGACUCUUUUGUGGACAGUCCGGACUUUAGAGAGAGACUCAAAUGUCACGAGAUCGAGCUGGAUCGAACGAACACGUUCAUCAAAGAGCUGAUUAAAGAUGGACACCAGCUGAUCUGCGCGCUCAAGAACCUCUCGGCAGCCGUGCAGAAGUUCUCCCAGUCGUUACAGGAGUUCCAGUUUGAGUGUAUUGGUGACGCAGAAACGGAUGAUGAAGUCAACAUUGCUCAGUCCUUCAAAGAGUUUUCCCAGUUGCUGAACACCAUGGAAGAGGAGAGAAGGCGGCUGAUACAGAAUGCUGAUGAUGUUCUGAUCACACCCUUGGAGAGAUUCCGGAAAGAGCAGAUCGGAGCAGCCAAGGAGGGGAAGAAGAAAUUUGACAAGGAGGCAGAAAAGUACUACUCCUCACUGGAAAAACAUCUCAACCUGUCGUCCAGAAAAAAAGAAUCCGCUCUCCAAGAGACUGACGCUCAGAUUGAUAAGGAAAGGCAACUCUUUCAUGACGCCUCUCUAGAAUACGUCUUCAAAAUCCAGGAGGUUCAAGAGAAGAAGAAAUUUGAAUUUGUUGAGCCGCUCUUGGCCUUCCUACAGGGUCUGUUCACAUUCUACCAUGAGGGUUAUGAGCUGGCCCACGAAUUUGAGCCCUACAAACAACAGCUACAGUUUAACCUGCAGAAUACAAGAAACAACUUUCUGAGCACCAAGCAAGAAGUAGAAAAGCUGAUGAACAGAGUUCGAUCUGCAGAUCAAGACCAGAAGCCCCCAGGCCAGUGGACAAUGGAAAGCUACCUCUAUGUCCAGGAGAAACGGCCUUUGGGUUGUGCAUGGACACGACAUUAUUGUACAUACGAAAAAGGCAGCAACACCUUCAGCAUGUGCAACACAGAGGCAAAACCCACAGCUAAACAGAAUGGUGUCAUGUCAAAUCCCACAGAGACGUUCAGACUGAAGUCCUGUAUCAGGAGGAAGACUGACUCGAUUGAUAAGCGCUUCUGUUUUGAUAUUGAGGUGGUUGAAAGAAAUACCAUCUAUCGUGGAUCUUUUUUCAGACCACUGCAAUUUUUCUUUAAAGCCCGGCAUGGCAUUAUCACGCUACAAGCGCUGUCUGAGUCCAACAGGAGACUCUGGCUGGAAGCUAUGGAUGGCAAAGAGCCGAUCUACAACCUUCCUGCUAUUCUGAGCAAGAAAGAGGAGACAUGUUUAAACGAAGCUGGCUUUAAUUUUGUGAGGAAGUGUAUACAGCUGGUGGAGGUGAGAGCAGGGCUCAACACUAUGGGUUUGUACAGAGUCGGUGGAAUAAACUCAAAAGUUCAGAAACUCAUGACCACGGUAUUCUCACCCAAAGCAGCAUCAGAUAUGGAUCUUGACCCAGAUACCUGGGACAACAAGACCAUCACCAGCGGCCUCAAGAAUUAUCUCAGGUGUCUUUCUGAGCCUCUCAUGACAUACAAGCUCCACUCAGACUUCCUCUUGGCUGUCAAAUCUGAUGAUCAGAACUACAGAGUGUGUGCAGUUCACACACUGGUGCAUAAACUACCUGACAAAAACAAAGAGAUGCUGGAGAUAUUAAUCGAACAUCUACUCAAUGUGUCCACUCACAGUGAGAGUAACAUGAUGACCGUGUCCAAUCUGGGAGUGAUCUUUGGCCCUACGCUUAUGCGCUCACAGGAGGAAACCGUUGCCGCCAUGAUGAACAUCAAAUUCCAAAACAUCGUGGUAGAAAUUCUCAUUGAAAAUUUUGAGAAGAUAUUUCAUCAGGCGCCGGACCCUAAUGUUCCCCUGCCGCAGCCUCAGUCUCGUCCGGGGUCUCGCAGGAGCAGAGCCAUCUGCCUCUCAUCUGGACCACGCAAACCCAAGAGCCUCUACACACCUUCAAUGUGCCUGGCAGACGCGGAAAGUGACACGUUCAGCAGCAGUUCAGGCAGCACUCCAAUCGGCAGCAUGGACUCCCUCUCCUCCCACUCCUCAGAGCAGAACAGCUCCUCCAAAACCUGCUCCUCUCCAAAGCCCAAAGACAAGCCCCCUUUCCCCGGCCUGCGGUGGACCCCUUCCUCCCUGUCCUCCAGCGAGCCCCAGGGCCCCACCUGCACCAGCAGCCCAGACUCCAGCUCCAGAGAGGACACGGGCCAUGUGGAUUGGGAUGACACCUGUAGGAAGAACUCCGGCUCAGCAGCUGCCAGAUCUUCACCAGCACCCACAAAGGCUCCUCACUCUGAAAUAGGAAUGAAAUCAGCACAGCUUAACCGCUCGAGUGCCCCAUCUUUACACAUCACAGAAGGUCGUAAGAGCUCUGUGGGGUCUUUACAGAAUCUAGCAUGUGUGGUGCAUAAAGACGGCAUCAGAUCCACAGCCUGCCAUGAUCUGCCACCUAAAACUAUCCUGCGCCGAAAGCUGGACAACAACAGCUCUACCAACGGCUAUCAGAGACCAGGAUCAGUGGUGGCUGCCAGAGCGCUGCUUUUUGAGAACCCAUCAGCUGUAAAACCUCCUCCCUUGGGAAGAGAUGCCAAAGCCAUAUAUUCAUGUGAAGCAGAACACAGCAAUGAGCUGAGCUUCCCACAGGGGGCCCACUUCUCCAACGUAUAUCCUUCAGUGGAACCGGGCUGGCUCCAGGCAACAUUUGAGGGCAAAACAGGCCUCGUUCCUGAAAAUUAUGUGGUGUUCCUCUGACAGUCGUUCAACCAGGAGGGGCCCAAGCUUUUCAUGGUAUCCAUGGCAACAUCAAUUUUAGACCAAGGGCUUUAAAUAUACAGUGGGUACGGAAAGUAUUCAGACCCCCUUAAAUUUUUCACUCUUUGUU